AUGGCUGGUCAUGACUGCGAUAUGUCUACGUUUGUCGUACAAAAGUCUAUCAAUUAUUUUCUUGAAAAUGGAAACGAGAUUGUAUUUAGAUGCUUUCUUGACUUAUCGAAAGUGUAUGAUACAGUUAAUCAUGAUCUAUUGUUUAUGAAGCUGAUGGAACGGCAUACCCCUACUUUUAUCGUGAAAUUCCUGAGGAACUGGUCUAAGAAACAAGACCUAUAUGUAAAAUGGAACUCGUCAAAAUCAGUGUCUUUCAAAGCAUCUAAUGGAGUUCGCCAAGGCAGUGUACUCUCUCCUGCUCUAUUUAAUGUUUACGUUGAUGACCUUAUUACUGGAUCGGAACAAUCGGGAGUAGGUGUUCGAAUUAACGGGAGGUUUAGUGGUGGCAUCGCAUACGCGGAUGAUUUGUCGCUUCUGUCUACAAGCAGAGAGGGCAUGCAGAGGUUAUUGCAGAUCUGCGAGAGCUUUGCAACAGACCACUGCCUGAAAUUUAAUAUUCAGAAAAGUAAAUCAAUUAGUUUUAGAAAGAGGCGAUUCAUUUACUGUAAAGAGACAGCUUUCUCCAUCAAUGGAGAGAGUCUGCCUGAAGUACAUGAUGUCAUUCAUUUAGGUCAUAAAUUAUCGACUGUUCCGAAAGAAACAACUGGUGCGGUGGAAGAGCGGUGUCGGAAACUCUACUCUUCAUUAUACUCAAUUGUAGGGGCUGUCAAAGGUGUGGGUCGUAAUCCUACAGUAUGGACAACAAUACUGUACUAUGUAUUGUUACCUGUAUUGGGCUAUGGAUGCGAACUGUGGGAUUUGGGAAUGGGAAGUACCAAACGUUUACUACAUCAAGCGUGGAGAAGAGGAUAUCGUAGAGGGCUAGGGAUCUCAAACAGAACAUCCUUGCGUGUAACUCUUGGAGAACCUAUCAGGGAAGCUCCAGAUCUAUUGUGUGUUAGCCAGCUCUCUUUCUUAUGGAGAGCAGUUCAUUCUAGUAAUGAAUUAGUGAGCGGGUUCAUUCUGAAUACUCAAGGCAAUCUGUGGCGAUCGGUGGACAAUGAGACAAGGACAAGAAUCAUGGUGUUGUCCUACAUGAACUUUAAGAGCUGGAUUAAACCUUAA